AUGCAAAAUGCCAUUCCUCUUACAACGGGGAGUACAUUUCCCCAACGUGAACAAUACGGUCAGGACAGAGUCACAUGUGCGAAUGUGAAUGUGAAUCCAAAUUCGAAUAUGGAGUUCUAUCAGGUUUUUGAGGGGUCUAUGGCACGGGCACCUCCAAUUCGUUGGUCAAAUGCUCCCAAACGUGUACUAGGUCGAUCUCAUUUGAUUUGCUGCUGUAUUCUUCCACGCGAUGGUGCAAACAGUAUUUGUAUUGUUGUUUUUCUCCUUCUAAUUGAUCUCAUAUUUAUGAUUGGUGUAGUGCCGCGUGGAGAAUUUUACAGUUAUCUAAUCGUUUCCAUCCUUUCUAUCGCUGCCCUUAUUUGUUUGAUUUUAUCUGUGACGGUUGAUCCUGGAAUCUUGCUACCUCUUCCCCCUGACCCAGGACGACAACCUCAGAUAACCAUGAUUAACGGUAAAGAAGUGCUUUGCAAGAUAUGUCCUACGUGUCACAUAGUUCGACCUCCUAGAAGUACACAUUGUCAAUUUUGUGACUACUGUGUUGAGGUAUUUGACCACCAUUGUGGUGUAAUAGGAUGUUGUGUUGCCAAGAGAACUUUUCGUUUCUUUGGUGGUUUCUUCAUUUUUACAAGUAUUCUCGCGAUAUUUAUUCUUAUUCGCUCUGCGGUGGCGCUUGCUGACACCCCUAGAGAUACUGAUACUGCAUCAGGACGUUGGACAAUUGCUGCUACCACUGUUUCUCUUGUGGUAGCUGGUUUUGCUGGUUGUAUUGUUGUCCCAAUGGCGGUGUAUUACGUUUACCUCGGUUGCAUGAACUCUACGCAGAAGGAAUCCGCUCGUUUCGGCCUUGGAUUGUUUGAACCAAAUCGAGAUUUCCAUGAGGGUUUUUUCCGUAAUUUCUGGCGUCGCUAUUUCGGAUCCCUCGGAAAGAGCCGCAUUACAGCGGAAAAUGCUAAUAUCCGUGUUUAG